AUGGCUUACUCUCAGCUGGGAUACUCCUACCCCACCGCUCCGCAGUUUCUGAUGACCUCCGGCUCUCUUGCCGGUUGUCUGGAACCUGGAACGCCUCCGUCUCACCCGGUGCUGCGCUCUCCGGGCCAUCAGCUCACUCCAGGCACCGGCAUCGGAGUUUACAGCGGCCCUUAUCCGAAGAGCCAAGGUUAUUACAACACUUGCACCAGCGAUGCCACCGCUCUCUAUUCCAGAGGACCACUAGAUCCCAAAGAGGGAGCUGCAUCUGUGCAUGUGGGGACAUCUCAGACUCCUGCCUACUAUCCCUACGAAUACACAUUUGGACAAUAUCCUUAUGACAGAUAUGGGUAUUCCUGCUCUGACAGUGCUUCACGUCGUAAAAAUGCCACCCGAGAGACCACCAGCACCCUGAAAGCUUGGCUGCAGGAGCACCAGAAGAACCCCUACCCCACAAAGGGAGAGAAGAUAAUGCUUGCUAUCAUCACCAGGAUGACUCUCACACAGGUAUCUACAUGGUUUGCCAAUGCACGCAGGAGGCUGAAAAAAGAGAACAAAGUGACGUGGUCACCGCGCACUUGUAAAAGCUCUGAUGAUCGAGGCUGUGAUGAUGACAGUGACGAAGCUGAGAAGCCACUUAAAAGUGACAAAGAGCUUCCUGAUCAGCAGUGUGCAGACCUGCAAAGCGAUCUUGAGGACUUCGAUCUGCUGGAGUCUGAUGCUUCUGAUUGUGAACCGAAGCCACAGUACCUACCUGAGGACAAUGAUACAAACCUAAACACAGAUCUCCCACACGGGCACCUCUCACACAACCCAGACCCAUUGCACGGAAAAGAGAGAUUAUCCCCGGACUGCCCCAAACCCACAUCAGUCCAACACCAAAACACCUCCUUCUAUCCUAAUCCAGACCUUCAGAGCACAGACACCAAGCCAAAAAUUUGGUCCAUCGCUCACACUGCUGUGUCUUUGGAUGCCAGCUUGCAGCCAGAAUACCCUCCCUGUAUGCUGUCAUCAACUGGGUCCUCCUCUCCUGCAUAUCCCUCUAGUAUGGGGCUCACUAAGGCAGACAGGCAACAGGAAUCACCAGUCACCACGCUCAGAGAAUGGGUGGAUGGCGUUUUCCAUGGUCCCCCUUUCCAACAGCCCAAACCAGCUGAGAUGUGGAAAGGCUUGAAUGAUGCCAUGAUGGACAGCAGAAUACCUGCACAAUCCUUUGAACUUGUUAGGUCUUCGUCAUCUUUGUAG